AUGUCGAGGAUCACUAAGUGGAAGCUUGAGAAGACAAAAGUAAAAGUGGUUUUCAGGCUACAAUUCCAUGCUACACAUGUUCCACAAACCGGAUGGGAUAAGUUGUUUAUAUCUUUUAUACCUGCUGAUUCUGGAAAGGCAACUGCAAAAACAACCAAGGCAAAUGUGAGGAAUGGGACCUGCAAAUGGGGAGAUCCUAUCUAUGAAACUACAAGACUUUUACAAGACACUAAAACAAAACAAUAUGAUGAGAAGCUUUACAAACUCGUGGGUUCUUCACGGUCUAGUGUCCUGGGUGAGGCUAAUAUCAACCUUGCUGAUUAUGCUGAUGCGUCAAAGCCUUCUUCUGUUGCACUGCCUCUCCACGGGUGUGAUUCUGGAACUGUUUUACAUGUUACUGUACAGCUGCUAACUUCUAAAACUGGCUUCAGAGAGUUUGAGCAGCAGAGGGAGCUCAGAGAGAGUGGUCUACGGACAACCUCUGACCAGAAUAGAAAUGAUGUAUCCACAGCUAGAAGAAUAUCAUCUUCUGAAGAUACAGUGAAUGAUCAGAUGGAUAAGAUGAAUGCGAGAGUGAAAUUUAAAGAACUCUCUCCCCUUGAAGAGGAGGCUGGGCUGAAUGAAGAGUAUGCAGAUUCAACUGUGGAUUGUCCCCUUAGUCAAAGUCCUGGACAAGAGAAAGGAGACCCCUCUGAUCAGCAGUUCUUGGCACAGGGGACCAAUGAGUGGGCUCAUGGCUGGGGUUCUGACUUUUCUGCAGAUGCUGGCCUGCCAAAUUCUUAUGAGGAAAAUAGUAGACUUAGAGGAAGCUUGGAAGCAGCUGAAUCAUCUAUUCUUGAGCUUAAGCAGGAGGUGAGCACUCUACAGAGUCAUGCUGAUGAAAUAGGCAUUGAAGCACAAAAAUUUUCUGUUCAACUUGAUGCUGAAAUUGCUUCUGGAGAACGAUUAGCAAAAGAAGUUUCCAUACUGAGAUCAGAAUGUUCAAAGUUGAAAGAAGAUCUUGAGGAGCAAAAGAGUUCCAAAUUAAGCAGAGAAACUAUUGAGAUAGGCCAGGAUUACCUUUUUCAUGAGUUACAGCUCAGGUGGUUUAAAGGGCUUUCAGAUAUGGAUGAUAAAAUAAGAGAGCUUCAGAGAAAGGCAUGCUUUGGAAUACAUGAAAGGGACUUCGCGUCCUUUCUUUCGGAUUUCGAGGGAUUGCUUGGUGUUCUGCAAGUUCUCAAACAAGAAACUGGACAGGCAAGUUCAGGGCUGAACUUGACAAGCAUAAAGCAGGCCGAUGAAAUGAGUUUACAUAAACGUGAGCAAUUAGUAAUAGGAACCAGGUUUGAUGCAGAUUUUUAUCAACCAGAAGGUGCGCUUCAUUGUCUAAGCAUACCUGGCCCAGUGUCGCAAGACUUUGAUUCUGUAGAUGCUGCCAAUGCAAUGAAAGGAGAAGUCUUUGAGCUUUUAAGAGAGGUGAAUGAGUUGAAAGCUGAACGAGAAAGCCUUGCAAAGAAAGCAGACCAGAUGGAGUGCUACUAUGAAGCUCUCAUUCAGGAACUUGAGGAAAACCAGAGACAGAUGAUGGGAGAAUUGCAGAAUCUCAGAAAUGAGCAUUCUACUUGCCUGUACACAAUUUCAUCCGCUAAAGCUGAGAUGGAGAGAAUCCAGCAAGACAUGAACAAUGAGAGAAUAAUAUUUUCCAAAGAAAAGCGUGAUUUUGAUUCUCUGAACAAGGAGCUUGAAAGAAGGGCUACUACAGCAGAAGCAGCACUUAAAAGGGCACGCAUGAAUUACUCCAUUGCUGUGAACCAGUUACAGAAGGACCUUGAAUUGCUUUCUUUUCAGGUUCAGUCCAUGUAUGAGAAUAAUGAGAACCUCAUUAAACAGGCUUUUGCAGAUUCUUUGCUUCCAAGCUUACCUGCGUGUGAAGAAAACCUGCAGAAUCAGAAGUUGGAUUCAGAGGAAUCUCAUUCUGCAGAACACUUGCAGUGUCAGAAUCAGUGCUCUGGGAUAAACAAACAGCAUUUAGAUGGGAAUAUAUUAUCAGAGGAUUUGAGAAAAUCUCUCCUCUUUCAGAAGGGGCUUUACCAAAAGGUUGAAGAAGAACUUUAUGAAGUGCAUCUGGUGAAUGUGUAUUUGGAUGUCUUCUCAAAGGCUUUACAGGUUACUUUGGUUGAAGCUAGUGCUGACUUUGGAUUGACUAAAGAGAAAGUGCAUGACCUUUCACAACAGCUGGAGCUUUCAACUGAGUCCAAUGAGUUAUUGAUGCCGAGGCUGCAGACUGCAUUGGAUGAGAUUCGCUUCCUGAAUGAGUACAAGGAUACUUGCAAUUCAAACUGCAAUGACUUGGCUCUGAGGAACCAAGUUUUGGAAGCAGAUUUACAAAACGCCACUAGUGAAAAUGAUCUUCUUGUCCAGAAGAUUGCUGAAUGGAAGGAUAUAAUAAAAGAAUACGAAACUUAUGAGAGCAAAUACAAAGCCUGCACUACUGAAAAAUUACAGCUGGAAAAUUUGUUGAAAAAGGAAACCCUUGAAAAUGACACUCUUCAAAAUAGAAUUUCAUCUUUGCAGGAAGAGUUGAAAUAUGUCAGAACUGACUUUGAUGAACUGACUUAUGUGAAGGAAAAUCUGCAGAAUAUUGUGAACUUUCUACAGGGUAAGUUAUCGAAUCUGUUGGCAUCUUAUGACCAAAAGUAUAAAGGCACGGAUCUCUGCAUUGGAUGUGUCAGUCAGGACUUGGAAUCCAAAGAUUUAACAGGUGUAGUGUUGCAAAUAGAAGAGCUUCAGCACAAUGCAUAUGAGAAGAUUGUCCAGCUUAUGGAGGAGAAGAAAGACAUAGCACAAGAAAGAGAUAUAGCUCGGGAGUCUUUAAGCGCAGCAGAAUCUGAUAAUCUGAUCAUAAAACGGCAAUUUGAACAUGAUCUACGAGGUAUAAUGGAUACACUAGAACUUUCAAACGCCCUGGUGCGAAAGCUCCAGUUACAAGUUGAGGCCCUUGCAAACAGACCGGAGAUUAAUUCUGUAGCCGAAGAGAAUUAUGCACAACAGCACAGAGAACUUUUUUCUGAUCUUAAUCAGUUAGAAAUGGAGCUGCAGCAACUUACUUCUAAAAACCAGGACCUUGCUGGUCAAAUUAUGGAGUUUGAGAAGGUAACCGAAGAACUGAGAAGGUGUAACCUGUCCAUGGCAGCAAUGUCAGAGGAAAAAGAAGCUUUGAUAAUUUCCUUACAGGACAAAACUGAAGAAUCUUCCAAGCUUGCUCAGGAGCUUAAUAGUUUGCAAGGAAGUUUGCUCUCCUUGCAUGAUGAUUUGCAAACUGAGAGAAAUCUCAGAGAUAAGUUAGAGAGUACAAUUACAGAUAUCACUUCCCAGUUGAACGAGAAGCAUUGCCAGUUGCUAGGUUUUGAUGGGCAGAAGGCUGAGGUUGUCUAUCUCAAACAAUUGUUAUCUGAUCUAGAACUAGAGAAAUCAAGAGUUUCCGGUCUCUUGUUGGACUCUGAAGAAUGUCUAAAAGAUGUCCAUGAAGAAUGUUCUUCCGUAUCUGCUUUGGAAGCUCAAUUGUCUGAAAUGCAUGAAUUUUCAAUAGCUGCUGAUGUUGGACUUACUUUCACAAAAACUCAAUAUGAGACCAGGAUUGAAGAAAUAGGAAGGUAUAACCUGACCAUAGCAGCAUUGUCAGAGGAAAAAGAAGCUUUGAUGACCUCCUUACAGGAUAAAACUGAAGAAUCUUCCAAGCUUGCUCAGGAGCUUAAAUAUUUGCAAGGAAGUUUGCUCUCUUUGCAUGAUGAGUUGCAAAUUGAGAGAAAUCUCAGAGAUAAGUUAGAGAGUGCAAUUACAGAUCUCACUUCCCAAUUGAACGAGAAGCAUUGCCAGCUGCUUGGUUUUGAUCAGCAAAAGGCUGAGCUUGUCUGUCUCAAACAAUUGGUAUCCAAUCUAGAACUAGAGAAAUCAAGAGUUUCCCGUCUCUUGUUUGACUCUGAGGAAUGUCUAAAAGAUGUCCGUCAAGAAUGUUCCUUCAUAUCUGCUCUGGAAGCUCAAUUGUCUGAAAUGCAUGAGUUUUCAAUAGCUGCUGAUGUUGGACUCACUUUCACAAAAACUCAAUUUGAGACCAAGAUUGAAGAACUAGGAAGGUGUAACCUGACCAUAGCAGCAUUGUCAGAGGAGAAAGAAGCUUUGAUGGUGUCCUUACAUGAUAAAACUGAAGAAUCUUCCAAGCUUGUUCUGAAGCUUAAUAGUUUGCAAGGAAGUUUGUUCUCUUUGCAUGACGAGUUGCAAAUUGAGAGAAAUCUCAGAGAUAAGUUAGAGGGUACAAUUACAGAUCUCACUUACCAAUUGAACGAGAAGAACAACCAGUUACUAGAUUUUGAUCACCAGAAGGCUGAGCUUGUCCACCUCAAACAAUUGGUAUCAGACCUAGAGCUUGAGAAAUCCAGAGUUCUCCGUCUUCUGUUGGAUUCUGAGGAAUGUCUGAAAGAUGUUCGUGAAGAAUGCUCUUCCAUAUCAGCUUUGGAAGCUCAGUUAUCUGAAAUGCAUGAAAUUUCAAUAGCUACUGAUGUUGGACUCACUUUUGCAAAGACUCAAUAUAAGGCCAUGAUCGAAGAGCUUGAUCAGAAACUUCAGUUUUCAGAUAGCCAUGUUUCCGAGCUUCAUAACGAUCACCUCAAUGUAGAGAAUAUGCUUAAUAAAUGUCUUGCUAGCGAAAGGCAUUACCUUGAAGAGAACACCAAAUUGAUGGCAAGUCUCAGUUCCCUUAAAUCUGAGUUGGAAGCCGCCAGUGCUCAAAAUAGGAUACUUCUUGAUACAAACAGUGCCAUGAGGACUGAACUUGAGGAAUACAAGAAAAGAGCAGAAAAUGUGGAGGGUGUUGUCCACGUGGAUAAUAGUCAGUCUGCUCUUGAGAUCGAAAGGCUGGAGUAUACUUUGAUGACUUCUGAAGAAGAGAUUGAUAACCUGAUAUUCUCCAAGGAAGCACUAGAAGUCAGAGUUUUAGUACUCAAAGCCAAGUUGGACGAACAGUGCGCUCAGAUAACCUUGCUGGAAGGAUAUAAAGAUGAAUUGAUAAUGUUGCGCAAUAAAUGUAGUGAGCUUACACAGAGGCUUGCUGAACAGGUUUUGAAGACAGAAGAGUUUAAGAACUUGUCCAUCCAUUUUAAGGAGCUUAAAGACAAGGCUUAUGCUGAGGGUCUCCAUGCACAUGAUAAAAGAGAACCAGAAGGGCCGCCAGUUGCCAUGCAAGAGUCCUUAAGAAUUGCAUUCAUCAAAGAGCAGUAUGAAACCAAGCUGCAAGAACUGAAACAACAGCUUGCUAUGUGCAAGAAGCAUAGUGAGGAGAUGCUCAUGAAAUUACAAGAUGCAAUCAACGAAGUUGAGAACAGGAAGAGAUCUGAAGCUACUCAUGUAAAGAGAAAUGAAGAGCUAGGAAUGAGGAUCUUGGAAUUGGAGUCUGACCUACAUUCAGCGCUUUCUGAAAAGCGUGAAAUAAUGAAAGCCUAUGACUUGAUGAAGGCUGAAAAGGAAUGCUCAUUAAUAAGCCUUGAGUGCUGUAAGGAAGAAAAACAACAACUUGAAGCGUCUUUGCAAAAGUGCAAUGAGGAAAUGGCUAAAAUUGCUUUAGAACUCACCUCAACGAAGGAUUUGCUUGAGAGUUCUUCAGCUUCUAUAAAUAAUCAGAGGGAAGGCAAUGGCAGUUUACACAAAGCAGAUUACAUGUCUGAUGAUCCGGUUGUUGAAAAAGUUCGCCACAAGAAAUUGACAUCUGGCGUGCAAAGCAGCAUAGUAAGAGAGGACCCGUUAGCUAAGUUUUCUGAGCUAGAUUUAGCGAAUUGUGAAGCAGCUGAUCCUGAAUGCUUGAAUUCCAUUGAUGAAGUAGACCAAUCAAAUGGACUCAUCAAUAUACACUCUGAGCAGGAUGAUCUUGUAUCCAGAGGUGUAAAUGGUAUCCUAGUGUUGUACCUUCAAAACAAAAGGAUGUUCUUAAUAGGACAUGAGCAUUUGGUUCUUGCCAAUGAGCAUUUUAAGGCCCAAAGCUUAAAGUCUAGCAUGGACAACUUAAAUAAGGAGGUAAAUGAAGAAUUGGGAAGUAUAUUUCCCUUAUUCAACGAAUUUUCUUGCAGUGGCAAUGCACUAGAGAGGGUGCUCGCGUUGGAAGUUGAACUUGCUGAAGCAUUGCAGGCAAAGAAGAAAUCAACUUUCCAGUUUCAGAGUUCUUUCGUGAAACAACACAGUGAUGAGGAAGCAGUGUUUCACAGCUUUAGAGACAUCAAUGAGCUAAUUAAAGACAUGCUGGACCUUAAGGAAGAUAUGCUACUGUGGAAACAGAACUGA